AAAGAAGAAGCAUACGAUGAAUUACAACAAAACAAUGGAAGAUUUAAAAGAAGAGCAGCCGCGAAGAAAAAACUACCGAAAGAGAAGUCUUCCAAACCCAACAGACGAACAAAACCAACUCCCACAAGAAAACAACGAAUCCGAUGACGAACGAGAAAGAAGAUUGGCAUUGGAAGAGAUUAAGCUUCUUCAGAAGCAGAGGGAAAGGAAAUCAGGAAUUCCUGCAACCCUAACUUUGCAGCAAUCUCAGCCUGGAAUUUCCGGCGGUUUAGCCGCUAAAACCGUCGAUAAGAACGAUGGCGAUGGCGGUGACAAGGAUGACCUCGUUCUUCAAGAUACUUUUGCUCAAGAAACUGCUGUUAUGGAUGAAGAUCCCAAUAUGGUUAAGUAUAUUGAGCAGGAAUUAGCGAAGAAGAGGGGUAGAAAUAUUGAUGAAGCAGAUCAAGUUGAGAAUGAGUUGAAACGUGCUGAAGAUGAACUAUAUAAAAUACCUGAUCAUCUUAAAGUAAAAAAGCGUAAUUCAGAAGAAAGCUCUACUCAGUGGACUACUGGUAUUGCCGAGAUCCAGCUUCCAAUAGAAUAUAAAUUGAAAAAUAUUGAAGAAACCGAGGCUGCCAAAAAGCUUCUGCAGGAAAAGAGGCUUAUGGGUCGGACAAAGUCAGAUUUCAGCAUUCCAUCAAGUUAUAGUGCUGAUUAUUUCCAGCGUGGCAGGGAUUAUGCUGAAAAACUUAGACGAGAUCAUCCAGAGUUGUACAAGGAGAGAAGUGUACAGGAAGAUAGUUCUGCAUCCAAACAAAACGAUUCUAGCAGUGAUGCUGCUGGAGCAGUACAGAGGCAAGCUGCAACAGACCAAUUCAUGCUAGAGCGUUUCAAGAAACGAGAACGUCACCGUGGGAGGAGAUAACAUAAAUGUGAUAUGGGUGCCAUAUUUUAUAUCAGUCCGGGCAAGAUUGUUGUUUGAAAAAGAGCUGCAGAACAUGCAUCUGCUAGUGGCCUGUGAAGAAGUAUCAAGAAUGUACCUUUUCAGCCAAAGCUUAGACGAACCUUGGCUGAUUUACUGUGGCCUAUACUGAGGCAACAACAGAACUAUGAUGAUUAGACCAUCUUUGGUCAUCAAUAACUUGCUGUUAGCCUGUAAGAUAUGGUAUGAACUUGUGGCAGGGCUAGAAUGGUGAUGGUGCUAAAUAGGAUGGGUGCUUUGUUAGGCAAACUGUAUUAUUAUACUGAAAUGAUAUUCAGAAUAUUUUUCCAUUGAAAAAGUUGCUUGUUUCGGGAUGACUCUCUGUUAGUCGCCUUUCUAAUUGGCCAAUUCAUUGUUUU